AUGGCGCAACAAAUUCAAGAAGAGGAAGAAUUAGUAGCAGUAGUAGAAUCAGUACCUGAAUCCCUAGAUCAAUCUUCUUGUUCUUCUCCUUCUUCUGAUCCUUCGCUUUCUCGUAAUGUAUCCUUUAGUAAACUCAACGCGCAAGCUCCUGCCUUUGUUCCCACGCGCCCCCAACCUCAACCUCAACCACAACCACAAAAUCCAUCACGAUUGGCCGUGAUCCCUGCUCCUCCGCCUCCUCCCGCCGCCAUGAUGCAUGUGUAUCCUCCACCGUCUCCGUUUCACGUCCCGAUUCACAGCCCUGUACCUUUGCCUCACGUGCAUCAGCACUCUGACGAAGAGGUCGAGGUGGCUGUGAAUAAAGUUGCAGCUGCUUCUUCGGAUCAUGUCUCGAAGAGUGAUAGUAAAGCUGAUGAAGCCAUGAAUAAGCUCUUAAAUCAGGUGGAGUAUUAUUUCAGUGAUUUGAACUUGGCCACUACAGAUCAUCUUAUGAGGUUUAUUACCAAGGAUCCUGAAGGAUAUGUGCCAAUAUCUGUUGUUUCUUCCUUUAAGAAGGUUAAAGCUGCCAUAAACAGUAAUUCUCAGCUUGCUACCAUUCUGCGGAACUCAACAAAGCUUGUAGUUAGUGAGGAUGGAAAGAAAGUAAGACGCCAGCAUCCCCUAACCGAGUCAGAUGUUGAGGAGUUGCAAUCUCGUAUAGUUGUUGCUGAAAAUUUGCCAGAGGAUCAUUGCCACCAAAACCUCAUGAAGAUAUUUUCUGCUGUUGGGAGUGUGAAGACAAUUCGUACCUGUCCACCUCAAAUUUCUGGUGGUAGUGCUUCUUCAGCAUCUAGAUCUGCAAAAGCUGAUGGGAUGCAUUUCAGUAACAAGUUGCAUGCAUUUGUGGAAUAUGAGACAGUUGAGAUUGCUGAGAAAGCAGUUGCUGAGCUAAAUGAUGAGGGAAACUGGAGGAGUGGUCUUAGGGUUCGGUUAAUGCUCAAGCGUGGGACAAAAUCCACCCAGGCACGAGGAAAGAAGGGGCAUGAUGGUCAAGGGCAUUCUGAGGAAGAUGAGGUUUCUGCAUCUGAGCAAAUGCCAAAUGAAAAACAGACAGAAGAUCUAUCCCAGCAGCAUGAUGCCCAUUCACACGAGCAUUCUGGAGAGGAUCAUGCGAAUGACAAAGAAGGAACUUCCCCCUCAAAUAAUCUGGUUAUUGGUGAGCAUCCAACAAUGAGCAAGCAGCCUCCUGGGCCCCGGAUGCCAGAUGGCACAAGGGGAUUUGCAAUGGGUCGAGGGAAGCCAGUUGCUGUUAAUAUUGCGUGA